AGCAUAACAUAUUGAAUACAUAUAUUUUCAGCUUGUGAUUGAUAAACAAUGGCAUUGGCUACCAAUGGAAAGCUUGAGGUAGAAAUUGAAGUAAAGUCUAGUGCAGAUAAGUUCUGGAGUAUUAUUAAGGAGUCUGCAGCUAUAUUUCCUAAGGCUUUCCCGAAUGAUUACAAAAGCAUUGAGAUUCUAGAAGGUGAUGGGAAGAGUGCUGGUUCUGUACGCCUAAUAACUUUUGGUGAAGGGUCACCACUUGUGAAGAUAAUCAAAGAGAAGAUUGAUGUUGUUGAUGAUUCCAAGAGGACACUAACCUAUAGUGUUAUUGAUGGAGAUCUUCUCAACUACUUCAAGAAUUUUAAGGGAGACAUUAGUGUAACUCCUAAAGGUGAUGGAAGCUUGGUGAAAUGGUCCACUGAGUAUGAGAAAAAUAGCCAAGAGGUUCCUGAACCUGAGAUCAUUAAAGAGUUUGCUCUUAAGACCUUUCUUAAGGUUGAUGAUUAUAUUCUAAAUGCAUAAAAUGUUCUAUUGGUUGGGUUUGAAUUAUAAUAUAAUAAGAUUAUAAAAAUGUAUUUUAUGAUUUCCCAUUUAGUAUAAAAGGGAAUGGUAUGAGUUUAUAGGACAUGGUCCUAUGUUUGGUUGUUUGCUUUCUUAAUAAUUAUGUACUAUUUGGUAGUUUUGGUAAAUUUGAAAAUAAAACUUUGUUGGUUGUGAGUGUGUUAA